AGAGAGUAAAAUCAGAAUGCAGGAUUUCACCGUAAUCUCCACACCAGAUGGUGAUGUUCCAAAUAGUCUUUUUAAGGUGAACAUGUGACCUACUGUACAGCCGAGGGGCUCCGGCGUCACGUGACAGAAUGAAUAAUACGUCUGAUAGAGCUUUGACUAGACAACUGACCUGGUUACCAUCUGUAGCCACGAGAAGCAAAGUUGACGUUUCUGGAUCACUCUCCCCAGAAGCGUCGCCUGCCCACUUCUGGGACGUGCAGCUUCGCGGAGGGACUGACACACAGGGACAGACAGGAAGGAGCUGAAACUCAACUUGCAGAACUGGGGCUACUUUUCUUCUUCCCCAUCCCCCCACCUCCUGACAGACCACAUCUUGACUCAUACGGUUGAAAGAAAACUCUUUCAGUUAUUUGAUAUUUGGGAAACCUCCAGGAGACCAUAACUUUGUUUUGAGGAAGCGUCUGUCUCUCCCUUUGCUGGGAACGCUGGCGUGCGUGCGCACACACCCAGACACACACUCACACACUCACACACAGCUCUACACCAUGGUGGUUCAGGCUGCAGUGGCUCCGAAUAGAUCCCAAAGACUUUUACUGAAAAUUCCUUAUGGAUCUUUGAGAAGACGCAGCGUGGAGAGGAUGACGGAGGGCCGUCGAUGUCAAGUACAUCUUCUUGAUGACAGGAAGCUGGAACUCCUGGUACAGCCCAAACUUUUGGCCAAGGAGUUGCUUGACCUCGUGGCCUCGCACUUCAACCUGAAGGAAAAGGAGUACUUUGGAAUAGCCUUCACAGAUGAGACGGGACACUUAAACUGGCUUCAGCUAGACCGAAGAGUGUUGGAACAUGACUUUCCCAAAAAGUCAGGACCCGUGGUUUUAUACUUCUGUGUCAGGUUCUACAUAGAAAGCAUUUCAUACCUAAAGGAUAAUGCCACCAUUGAGCUCUUCUUUCUGAAUGCUAAGUCCUGUAUCUACAAGGAACUGAUUGAUGUAGAUAGUGAGGUGGUGUUUGAAUUAGCCUCCUAUAUUUUACAGGAGGCGAAAGGAGAUUUUUCUAGUAAUGAAGUGGUGAGGAGUGACCUGAAGAAGCUGCCAGCACUUCCCACCCAAGCCCUGAAGGAGCACCCGUCCCUGGCCUACUGUGAGGACCGAGUGAUUGAGCACUACAAGAAACUGAACGGCCAGACCAGAGGUCAAGCAAUUGUGAACUACAUGAGCAUCGUAGAGUCUCUCCCCACCUAUGGAGUUCACUACUAUGCAGUGAAGGACAAGCAAGGGAUACCAUGGUGGCUGGGUCUGAGCUACAAAGGAAUCUUCCAGUAUGACUACCACGAUAAAGUGAAGCCAAGGAAGAUAUUCCAGUGGAGGCAGUUGGAAAACCUGUAUUUCAGAGAAAAGAAGUUUUCUGUGGAAGUUCAUGACCCACGCAGGGCAUCUGUGACGAGGAGGACGUUCGGGCACAGUGGCAUUGCAGUACACACGUGGUACGCGUGUCCGGCGUUGAUCAAGUCCAUCUGGGCUAUGGCCAUUAGCCAGCACCAGUUCUAUCUGGACAGGAAGCAGAGUAAGUCUAAAAUCCAUGCUGCACGAAGCCUGAGUGAGAUCGCUAUUGACCUGACCGAGACUGGAACACUGAAGACCUCAAAGCUGGCCAACAUGGGGAGCAAAGGGAAGAUCAUCAGUGGGAGCAGCGGGAGUCUCCUGUCAUCAGGUUCUCAGGAAUCAGAUAGCUCCCAGUCUGCCAAGAAAGACAUGCUGGCGGCCUUGAAGUCCCGGCAGGAAGCUCUGGAGGAAACGCUGCGCCAGCGGCUGGAGGAGCUCAAGAAACUCUGCCUCCGAGAAGCUGAGCUGACGGGCAAACUGCCCGAUGAAUAUCCCCUAGAUCCAGGGGAGGAGCCACCCAUUGUUCGAAGAAGAAUCGGGACGGCCUUCAAGCUGGAUGAACAGAAAAUUCUGCCCAAGGGAGAGGAAGCUGAGCUGGAACGCCUGGAACGAGAGUUUGCCAUUCAAUCCCAGAUUACGGAGGCUGCCCGCCGCCUUGCCAGUGACCCCAAUGUCAGCAAAAAACUGAAGAAACAAAGGAAAACCUCUUAUCUGAAUGCACUGAAGAAGCUGCAGGAGAUUGAGAAUGCAAUCAAUGAGAACCGCAUCAAGUCUGGGAAGAAACCCACCCAGAGGGCCUCGCUCAUCAUCGACGAUGGAAAUAUUGCCAGUGAAGACAGUUCUCUCUCAGAUGCCCUCGUUCUAGAAGAUGAAGACUCUCAGGUCAUCAGCACACUGUCCCCCUUACAGUCUCCUCACAAGGGACUCCCUCCUCGGCCACCAUCGCAUAACAGGCCCCCUCCUCCCCAGUCCCUGGAGGGACUCAGACAGAUGCACUAUCACCGCAACGACUAUGACAAGUCACCCAUAAAGCCCAAAAUGUGGAGUGAGUCCUCGUUAGAUGAGCCUUAUGAGAAGGUCAAGAAACGCUCCUCCCACGGCCAUUCCAGCAGCCACAAGCGUUUUCCCAGCACAGGGAGCUGUGCCGAAGCAGGAGGGGGAAGCAGCUCCCUCCAGAACAGCCCCAUCCGCAGCCUCCCUCACUGGAACUCACAGUCCAGCAUGCCCUCCACACCAGACCUGCGUGUCCGGAGUCCCCACUACGUUCAUUCCACGAGAGUCCGCAACCCCUCCCCUGGCCCCCCAGACCCACCAGCCUCUCCCUGCAGGUCCGUGGACCUCAGCCCAACGCGCCUGCACAGCCUUGCCCUGCACUUUCGGCAGCGGAGCUCCAGCCUGGAGUCCCAGGGCAAGCUCCUGGGCUCGGAAAACGACACAGGGAGCCCUGACUUCUACACCCCACGGACUCGUAGCAGCAAUGGCUCGGACCCCAUGGACGACUGCUCAUCUUGCACCAGUCACUCGAGCUCGGAGCACUACUACCCAGCGCAGAUGAACGCCAACUACUCCACAUUGGCGGAGGACUCACCAUCCAAGGCGCGCGCACGGCAGCGACAGAGACAGCGGGCAGCGGGCGCGCUGGGCGCAGCGAACUCGGGCAGCAUGCCCAACCUAGCGGCGAGGGGUGGCGGCGGGGGCGCACCUGGGGUCUACCUGCACAGCCAGAGCCAGCCCAGCUCGCAGUACCGGAUCAAGGAGUACCCGCUGUACAUUGAGGGGGGCGCCACACCCGUGGUCGUGCGCAGCCUGGAGAGCGAUCAGGAGGGUCACUACAGCGUCAAAGCGCAGUUCAAGACCUCCAACUCCUACACAGCCGGUGGCCUCUUCCGGGAGAGCUGGAGAACCAGCGAAGAGGGCGACGCGGGACGUCUGACUCCAUCACGCUCACAGAUUCUGGGGACUCCGUCGAUGGGCCGCGAGGGCAUCCAUGACAAGGGCACAGGGCGCACAGCUGUAUCAGAUGAGCUGCGCCAGUGGUACCAGCGCUCCACUGCCUCCCACAAGGAGCACAGCCGCCUGUCGCACACCAGCUCCACCUCCUCCGACAGUGGCUCCCAGUACAGCACCUCCUCCCAGAGCACCUUCCUGGCCCACAGCAGAGUCACCCGGAUGCCCCAGAUGUGCAAGGCCACAUCAGCUGCCUUACCUCAAAGCCAGAGAAGCUCAACGCCUUCGAGUGAAAUUGGAGCAACCCCCCCAAGCAGUCCCCACCACAUCCUAACCUGGCAGACUGGGAGCUACAGUGAUAGCUGUUUCCUGGAUUCCUCCCUCUAUCCAGAACUAGCUGACGUCCAGUGGUGCGGGCAGGAGAAAGCCAAGCCCGGGACCCUCGUGUGAGCCAGCGGCCUCAAUCUGACCGCAUCAAUGCCAUUCUGAGAUCACCUCACUGCCUCUCAUUUGCCUUACCCAGACGCACUGUCACCCUGCACCAGCUUCGACCCUCGGCACUUUUCUUCUCCUGUCUCCGCAUCCCCUCACACUCAAAAACCUGACUGAGGAGACAUUCUGCAAGGUUCCGGUCCCACUGUGUGUCCCCUGGCUCUCUUGCCUACAGACAGCCAGGCACCUAUCCUCAAUGGCACCUUGGUGGCUUCCCCCUGCCAUGACAGCCCCUUGGCCAGGAACCGUCAGGGAAGCUGGCUGGCAUCACAUUCCUGUGGACAAGUAGCAUGUACAGAAAACAGGAAAGGAGACUUACAUACAGGGUGACCCAGAAAGACUUUUAAGCUGUGGCCAGCCUGCCACCUGGAGGCCAACCCAGCACUUCAAGAAGAGGAAGCCUGGUGGGAAUGUCUAGUUGACACCUGACAUAUUCCUUGGUGGGGAGGGGGAGGUAAUGAAGAAUGAAAAAGGAAGCUUAACAUGUCAGAGAUACAUCAGAGGAUCACAAUCAGUUCUAUGCUGCCAAAGAUUUAAAAAAUUAAAAAAUAAAAACAAAUAAGAGGGGCCAAGAGGAAGACAUUCUUUGUGCAAUGAAAUACCCUUCAAAUUCUAAACUGCUACAACACACACGUCAGAGUCAACCAUUUGUAAAUUGUUUCCCCUCUCUACCCCUCCCCCUUAACACUCACCUUCUCUGUCAGUGGAGAGCCUGAGAACUGAGCUGAUGUGCUGCUGGUAACGUCGGCGGGGCCUUGGCUGGCAUGGCUGGCUCGGAGCUGACACGGAGCUCUGCGAGUCUGGACGUGAAGUGGAGCAGACCUGUGGGGAGCAGCAGAGUGUACUGUUAGCCUGUCUGUGCCCAGGACACAAAGCUGCUUUCCUUUUGGGGUUUGUAGGAAAUGCAAGGUGGUGAUGCCAAAAGUGGUUCUCUCAGUAAAACAACCAGUAAAAACUGCAUCCUGUUUUUUCGCACAAGGUGUUUCAUUUUAUUUUUUAUGGGAAACCAAGGGAAAAGCACAUUGCAAUUCAUUCCAAUGUUUAACUGUUGUGGCUCAUUUUAUGUUUGUUAGCACUUGUGUGACAAAGAGCUCAGAUCCGACUUUGGUUACCAAUGUGUCACUUACUCAACCCAACUAUGCCCUUCGGUAGAAAGAUUUUACUCACGUGUCUACUAGGCAAAGCAGGGUCGAAAACAAUGCCAGCUCCCAGGGGGCCCAUAUGCUCACAGCAGCGUCAGCCACCUUGACGUACCACAUUUGUCUGCAGGUACCAAUAGAAGAAAGAAGAGCAAAAAUAAGGUGGGGGAGCUGCACGUUUACAUGUGUUUAAGCUGUGCUUAAUACACAACUGGAAAGCCAUCAAUCUUCAAAAGGCCUCAGAACUACUUUUAUAAUAAUAACAAGUGCACACUCUUAGUUGGGUUAUUCAAAAUGGCACAAACACGGUCUCCACAGAGGUGGUAUGCUGUGCUUAUUAGCGCAAGUGGGGAGGGGCGGGGGGAUAUUUUUUUCUCACUUGUAAUGACUUCCUAAGGGAAAAGCAUUGGACAGCCAGAGACAGGAGCUGGGGUAGGGGUAGUUUCGUGGGAAAGCAGGACUGAAGUUAGCUUUAGCAUAAAGAGAAAAAUCUUUGUUAUUUAAGUAUGUGUAAUCCAAGAAUAACAAUAGACUCCACCAGACCAGGAGGGCAUGGAUGAGCACUACACAAAAUAACUAACCAUGGUGUGCCCUCUGCUGCAGCUGGCCAAGCACGUGGACUCAGCAGGCUGGGACCGUCUGGACCCUUCAGGACCUGGUCUGUGAGGCUCUGCCUGAGGCCAGGUUGGUAAUACCAGCUUGUGGAAGGGAUUAAUAUUCCCAGAACACUUUAGGGGUGAACCUGGAAGGAUAAAUAAAACUGGUUUUACUGUUAUUAAGUGGUUCUGAGGAUUGAUUUGGGGUGGGGGGGGGCUGUGUUUUUGUUGCUGUUAUUUCGAUGGUAAAAGUACAAACAGCAGGUUUCUUCCCUUCUCAAUUUGGAAACAUUAUACAUGCAGUCAAUUUUCUUUCUCCCAAAAGCUGACAUGUGGAUAAUCAAACUGAGCUAUGUGCCAACAGGAAAGGUCAAAAGGGAAAGGUUACACCAGAAAAGGUGAUAAGGUUACACAACCAGUACAGGAGUUUGACAUCAAGACUGAAGUCAAUCAGGUCAAGGGUUCAGCCCAACUGGGUUACAAGGAAUGAGAGAUGAAAAUUCUUUCUCAACACCUGGGUUAUGGAUUCCAGGAGUGGAAUGGAGUGGAGUGCGAGGGGGAUUGCAGUUCAGACAAACAUCACAAUAGUCUGGUAGUAAAGACGGAGAUUAAGUAAAACAGGUUUUACUGUUUAGCUGCGUUCAGUUACUACAAAGUGUACAUAAAGUAUUAGUCCUUGGAGACUGACAUAAUUAAGGAAUAAGCAAUGUGGUGGGAAACGAUACAGUUAUUGUACACAAGCAUUUGCAAGCUCUUUAUAGGUCCCUGUUUCUUUAAAACAGCAAGAUGAACCAUGAAGCCCCUGGUCUGAUAUCAAGUCCCUAUUGGAUUCUGUGGAUACGUGUAAAAAUGGCCUGUUUAGCCAGAAGACUGGUGAAAACACAUCAGACUUUGUUGUUAGACAGGUGGGGUUUUUUAUUUUAUUAUAUGGAGGUGAAUGUUGGAGAAGUUAAAAUUCCACUUUGUUUUCAUUCAGUAUUAGUUUAGUUCUAAAUAUAGCAAACCCCAUCCUGGUGCUAUCAGAUGACCAGUUACUGCUUAGUUAACUAGGUGUAAAGUUUUUCAUAUACAUUAACGUCAACAGUUUAUUACACGUUGUGUAAAAUAGACACUAGUUUAAUAAUGGGGGAAAAGGAUUAGGUUGCUCCUGAAACUGACUGUAGAGCAUGUAAAAUGAUUUUACUGGAUUCUGUUCAACUGUAAUCAAUGAGAAGAUGUACGUUGUAGACAAAAUUGCAGAAUUAAAAAAAUCUGCUUUUAAUUUAUUCUUUUUGUAUUAAGAAUUUGUAUAGUACCUUUACAUUUUGCAAAACAGUGUUGUCAACACUUAUUAAAGCAUUUUCAAAAUGAA